AUGGAUGGAUCGAACACGCUCAACAGGUCUAUGCAGGGCCUCUGGUCGACCCAUCGCAAAGCCAAGUUAAACAUCAACUCAACCCCUGAUGCACCCUCACCCAUCCCAACACCGCCUGCAUCCUCGUCGCGUCCGUUGACGGUCGAAGAAGCUCACGAUGAGUCAUCAUCACGCUCUCAACUUGCGCCUUCGGAUUCGACGAAGCCACCAUCGACGAAGCGCAAGAUACGCUCGAUUCGAACAGAGGAUGCAAAGCGCGCCAAGGUUGCUGCUACCAACCAUGAACCACCAUCAGCUCGUCUGAGCGACCUGGGCGGAGUAGACGCCUCUGUGGAGAAGAUGCUUGAGCUAGUCGCGAUGCCUCUCUGUCAUCCGGAGAUCUACAUGCAUACCGGCGUCCAGCCGCCUCGUGGCGUUUUAUUGCAUGGGCCUCCGGGUUGCGGGAAGACGCUGCUAGCAAACGCCAUUGCGGGUGAACUAGGCAUCCCGUUCAUCAGCAUAUCGGCUCCUUCUAUCGUGUCGGGCAUGUCAGGCGAGUCAGAGAAGACGUUAAGAGAUACCUUCGAUGAGGCAAAGCGGUGUGCACCCUGCCUUUUAUUCAUAGAUGAAAUAGAUGCGGUUACUCCGAAGAGAGAAAGCGCUCAACGUGAGAUGGAGCGUCGUAUUGUCGCGCAGUUUCUCACUUGUAUGGAUGACUUGUCUUGGGACAAGACCGAAAACAAGCCUGUCGUAGUCAUUGGGGCGACGAACAGACCGGACGCGCUGGAUGCGGCUUUACGACGCGCAGGUCGCUUUGACCAUGAGAUCGCUAUGGGAGUACCUGAUGAGACCUCCCGCGAAAGAAUUUUGAGAGUGCAAUGUUCCAAGCUUCGACUGAGCGGUUCCUUCGACUAUGCUGCCUUGGCUCGCGCGACACCUGGCUACGUUGGUGCGGACCUCGCAUCACUCACGGGGGCUGCUGGAGUCAUAGCCGUGAAACGCAUCUUCCGCGAGCUCGCCGAGCUGGAAGCAGCGAAUGGCGUCGUCGCCGAGCUUCCAGCAAGGAGUGUAGAUACAAACGAAGGAAUGGUCGUCGACUCAGAAACCUCAACCGCCGCUGCUUCAGCCUUACCUCCAUCCGACCUUCUCGCAAGUUCUUCCGACGACCUCGCCCUCGAUGCACCCUUCGCUAACCUCGUGGCCAUUCUCCCGCCCCUCCCCCGAACAAUCGCCCACUUCCUCGCUUCCCACCCUGGCCCACUCUCCGAAUCCCAGCUCGAGCCCUUGCAGCUCACACAAGCCGACUUCACCGCUGCUCUGCGCACAGUGCAGCCCUCUUCGACGCGCGAAGGGUUCAGCACUGCGCCAGCGGUGACGUGGUCCUCGAUUGGCUCACUCCAUGCGACGCGCGAGGAGCUCGGCAUGGCAAUUGUACAGCCUAUCCGGAGGCCUGAGGUGUUUCGCCAGGUGGGUAUUAGAGGCGGUUGCGGGGUGCUCAUGUGGGGGCCGCCCGGGUGCGGGAAGACGUUGUUGGCUAGGGCGGUUGCCGGGGAGAGUAAGGCGAACUUCAUUAGUGUGAAGGGGCCGGAGGUGCUCAAUAAGUACGUUGGAGAGAGCGAGCGCGCUGUGCGCCAGAUCUUUGCUCGCGCUCGAGCUUCGGCUCCGUGUAUUGUCUUCUUCGACGAGCUUGACGCCCUCGUCCCGCGUCGCGACGACAGCCUCUCCGAAUCGUCCGCCCGUGUCGUCAACACCCUCCUCACUGAACUCGACGGGCUUGAUACAUCCCGUUCAGCGACCUCCGCGCCCGUGUAUGUCAUCGGCGCUACAAACCGACCUGACAUGAUUGAUCCCGCGAUGGUGCGUCCGGGCCGGCUCGACAAGCUGCUGUAUGUCGACCUGCCGGACCGCGACGGCCGCGCGGAGGUGCUGCGCGCGCUUGUGCUAAGUUCGUCCGUCCCGCUCUCAAGCUCAGAUGGCACAAAUGAAGGCAUAGAGAAGAGUCUGACGGAGAUCGAAGCACUCGUGCAAGACCGAUGCGACGGCUUCUCUGGCGCGGACAUUGCUGCGCUUGUGCGCGAGGCGGGUGUUGUAGCCCUCCGCCGCAUGCUAGGCCGGAUCGAGAUGGACGAGGCGCGCGAUGCUGUCCUAUCUGAGGCUCGGGCUCAAGCUCAGAAGGAGGGUGGGCAGGAUCAGGAUCAGGAACUGAAGGUACGAGUGACGCCGGACGACUUCCGCGCUGCGCUGUCCAAGGUGUCACCAAGCGUGUCCGUUGCGCAGAGGCGCAAGUACGAGGCUUUGCGCGCUAAGUUUGCGGGGCUGCCUGUGAGGGGGUCGAAGAGGGAGCAGCAGGUUGAGGAAGAGGUUGAGAAGGAGGCGGCAGUGGCGAGUGGGCAAGAGGGGGUGGGCAGUGCUGCGAUAGCUUCGUAGAUGGUCUAUUUGUAAAGUAUCUGCAAGCAUAUAAAAGGUCUUGUCUAAAGG